ACAACCUGUGCAACGGGAAGUUCCACAAACACCUCCAAGACCUGUACGCCCCUCUGGUGGUGCGGUAUGUGGACCUGAUGGAGUCAUCCAUUGCUCAGUCCAUUCACAGAGGUUUYGAAAGAGAAUCCUGGGAACCUGUCAAUAAUGGGUCAGCAACGUCAGAGGACCUCUUCUGGAAACUGGAUGCUCUGCAGACUUUCAUCAGUGAUCUACACUGGCCAGAAGAAGAGUUUGGCAAACACCUGGAAACCCGACUGAAGCUGAUGUCCAGUGACAUGAUUGAAUCCUGCAUAAAACGGACAAGGGAAGCAUUUGAAACAAAGCUUCAGAGGAGCAGUCGGGCCAUAGAUUUCCGUGUGCCACAGUCCAUCUGUACCAUGUUCAACGUCAUGGUGGAUGCCAAGGCUCAAUCAGCUAAACUGUGUGCAAUGGACCUGGGGCAGGAGAGACAGUACCACUCCCAAAUUGACCAUCUUAUUGAAGAGACAGUGAAGGAGAUGAUAACUCUGCUGGUUGCUAAG